UUUACGAAUUUAUGAAAUUGUUUUUGUUUAGCCGUAUCAUACUUCACCUUAUAAAUUUUCUGCCUUUGUUAAAAUCGGCCUGAAUAUCUUUUUGCUCGAACAUCAGAUUUUUACAAUCCUUAUUCUAUAAUCUAUCAGGGAAACUGCAACUAAUAAACAAACAUGUGGACUAGAGAAUACGACCCAACUAUCCAGCUGCAUUAUUACAUAAAUUCGGAAGAUAACUCUAUUUCAUAUGACCUGCCUUGUGAAGUGCAACAUCGAACUCCUGGACAUAAAAAAAGCAGCCAUUUUUCCUUGAAACGCAAAAUUUCGCCAUGUUCUGGGAUGAAGGAUAACAGUGAUAGAGAAAGUGUUUCUAGAAAAUCAUCUGUCUUAUCAAGAAUCACUUCCGUGCUAUCAAGGAAGUCAUCUAACUCUAGCGGCGAUUUGAAAGCCACUUCCAACACAACAUCAUCUUCCGUAUCUUCCGCAACUCUUAUAUCCGCGGCAGACACAAAUAACCACAAAAACCCACACACUCAAACAUUCAACAUAAGCGAGACGGAAAUUGAUUCUGAUUCAGUCAUAAGUGGACUUGAUGACGACUACCUUCUCGAGUCGCCAAUUAAUUACGGAUAUAGCUCGAGAAAUUAUUUGAAUGGGUAUCAGUCAAACACCUCUAUAUAUUCAGAAGAAUCCAUACACAGUUAUUAUUCUGAAUUAGUACGAGAAGAUUACUAUUAUGAAUAUGAAGAAUCUGUUUACGACUUGGCUAAGGAACAGGAAAGGUUGGAAAUAAGGAUGCAAAUGCGCCAGGAACUUGAAAUCUAAGGAAGGGUUUUAAUUAUUAUUUAUUGUACAUAGCGAUUUUUAAUUUUUUUUACAUUUUAUGAAUUCA